AAUAUCCUACUGGAGCCCACAUUGCUUCUCGCAUGCUUUACACUGCUGACAAUUCAUUUGAGGAUGUGAACAGUAAAGUGGUUGCUGAUUUUGGAUGUGGAUGUGGUACAUUAGGCCUUGCUGCUGGCCUUUUGGGAGCUGGAAGUGUUAUUGGGCUUGAUAUUGAUACUGAGUCUCUUGAGAUUGCAUCUGCAAACGCUGAUGAACUUGAGUUAGACAUGAAUUUUAUUCAAUGUGACAUUAGAAACUUAAAAUGGAGAGGUCAGGUUGUUGAGACGGUGGUGAUGAAUCCACCUUUUGGUACACGGAGGAAAGGUGCUGACAUGGAAUUUCUCUCUGCGGCUAUGAAGGUUGCUUCUCAAGCAGUUUAUUCGUUGCAUAAGACCACAACAAGAGAACAUGUGAAAAGAGCAGCCUUGCGAGAUUAUCAUGCAAGAACUGCUGAAGUUAUAUGUGAGCUUCGGUAUGAUGUGCCACAACUUUACAAAUUUCACAAGAAAAAGGAGGUCGACAUUGCUGUGGACCUCUGGCGUUUGGUUCCUCAAAGAAAGCAAGAAAGAUCUCUGUAGUAUAAAGAAUAGAAAGUAGGCAGAUACGAUGCAUGUCAAAUUAAGGAAACACCCAUUUCUGAACUGGAGAAGGUUUCUCACAUUAUUGCAAGUACAGUUGUAUGAAAGAAGUAAGAAAUUUGUACCAUUUGCUCCAGAACCAACUUUAACUUUUUUCAAAGGCGGCUCAAUAGUCUUAGAGGCCUAAAGCCAAGACGUAAUAAGAAGCCUUAAACUUGUUUAAUAAUUUCAGAUAUUUUUGUUAAAGUUUAUUCUUUUUACUUUUCGAGAUGCAA